AUGCAAUCAUUGUACAGAUCGCGAGCCCUUAUUUGCGUCUUAAAGAAUAAGCCUGCUUUACGAAGAUUUAGUGUUAUCCAUAGCUUGAAUAUACAUUCCCGAUCACCUUCAUUACAAAGGAUUGCACCGUGGACCGUUCCAACACGAUACGCAACGUCACUUCCAGAUCAAACACAAUUUGACUUGUCCAAUCCACUACUAGCCAAGAUUGCAAGCAACCCAGAAUUAGUGUCUACUUUGCAAGAGUUUGCUGAAUUAUUGCAGACAAAGGGAAUCGAUGUUACAAGCGGGGAACCUCCACCUGUUACAGAAGCAAUGAAACUUUUUUCUGAUCCACAGGUCAGAGAAGUUUCUGGCAGAAUUGCACGCGGUUUACAAGCUGUUGGAGUCCCAUUAGAUCCACAAGUGCUGAUGACGAUGAUGCCAAAACCUGGGACGACCGUUCAGCCAGCUGAAAAAGUAGAAAGCACAUCUUUCCAGCAACUGGACAAGGAACAGAAAACUUCAGAAAUAGGUCAGGAUAUUUUAGAUGGUGAGCCGAAAAUUUUAGAGAAUGUUUUAGCGGGAGAACAGGAUAAUUUGGGGAAAGAGCAAAAAGUUUCAGGAAUAGAGCAGAAUGUUUUAAAGAAAGAACAGGAUAGCCUGGGAAAGGAACAAAAAGUUUCAGGAGUAGAGCAGAAAGUUUCAGAGGAAGAACAGAGAGGUAUCAUUGGGAAAUUAAAGACAAAGUUCAAAUCAUGGUUCAGCGCAUUUUGA